UGGCUUGUUUCUAUGACAUCGAAACAAGAUGGCCGUCAGACCUCCUGUUAGUAAAAGUAAUGUUUUCUUGCUCAUGGUGACUGGAGAGAUAGAGUCAGCAGAGUUUCCAGAGUACGAUGGGCUGUACUGUAACUUUUCAUUCUUUUACGGUCAAGAUUGGACUGUUUUAUCAAAUUCAUCUGAAGGCAUUACUCAAACUUCUAUGAGGGGAUCCUCUCCGGCAAGUAACUUUGUUUGGAAUUUUCCAAUUGACGUCACUUUUAAAAGCACCAAUCCAUUUGGAUGGCCCCAGAUAGUGGUCAGUGUGUAUGGAGUCAAUUCAUUGGGGAGGGAUGAAGUGAGAGGAUAUGGUAGCAUUCAUUUACCUGUUACUCCUGGAAGACAUAGUCUUGAUAUUGAUAUGUUUGUCCCAGAACCCGCUUCAAAACUUCAAAAACUUGUUAGUUGGUUAAUUGGCCCACGACCCGAACUAGUUGAUCCUAAGUUUGUGGCAAGAGGCGAAGGAAGAGAAAUCACUAGAGUCUCGUCGCAAGGUUUUGUACGUGCAAAUGUCAACAUUGUCAUGAAGGACUUUUCAAAGCAAGGCUAUCGUAAUGGGACAGAACGCUUUUCAAAUAAUUCAUCUUGAUAAAUUAUCAUUAAAAUAAUUUUUAUCAUCUGUGA